AUGCAAGAAUCAAAAAUGCAGCUAGUCGAUUGGCUAGAUGACUUGUGUGUCCGCUUCAUCAUCAACCUUCCCCAAGAAGAGCUUGAAAGCGUCGCCCGAAUCUGUUUCCAGGUCGAAGAAGCCCAGUGGUUCUAUGAGGAUUUCAUCCGUCCCACUGACCCCUCGCUACCCUCGCUCAACCUAAGGGACUUUUGUCUUCGUAUCUUCCAACACUGUCCCCUUCUGUCUACCUUCUCCGACUCGCAACACACCGCCGCCUACCAAGAGUUUCUCGCCUACAAAACCCGCGUCCCUGUCAGAGGCGCCAUCCUGCUCAACCAUGACAUGGAUCAAGUAGUCCUCGUCAAGGGCUGGAANAAGAGUGCAACAUGGAGUUUUCCUCGUGGAAAGAUCAACAAGGACGAACCAGAUCUUGACUGUGCCAUCCGUGAAGUCUGGGAAGAGACGGGCUAUGACAUUGCUGCCGCUGGCCUGGCCAAUGACGACCAGAAAUACAUCGACGUGACUAUGCGUGAACAGCAUUUGCGAAUGUUUGUCUUCCGCGGUGUCCCUCUCGAAACUCACUUUGAACCAAAGACCCGCAAGGAGAUUAGCGUUCGUCUAUCCAAGCCACUCUCGCAGCCCGUGAUAAACAACCGUGUCAUCUCGCACCACCAAGACUCCAACGCUGACCAGGGCACCGUGAGUGCCAACAAACUGUACAUGGUCGCUCCUUUCUUGCCACCUUUGAAGAAGUGGAUCAACCAGCANAAGAAGCGUGAUGCUGCUCGCCAAGCACAGGUCGAAUCUGUUGUCGAGGAAGCUGUGGAUGUUCCAUCGGAUUCACCGGCUGUAGAAGCCCCUGCUGCGAAUGCCGCCUUUGAGCUCAAACGUUUGUUGAGCGUCAAUGUGCCAGGUCAGGAUUCACCCAACACAGCGAACGGCGAGGGCAACCAGGCGAACGCACUACUUGCCAUGCUUCGUGGAAAUCCUUCUGCUGGUGGACUGGCUCCUCCAGUAAACAACGAUCUGCCUCCAGUCACCCCUCUGGAUCAAGUCACCAGUACUCCUCCAGAGCCCGGUACUCCACACUAUCAGCAUCACCAGCCUUCACCUGCUGUCAGACAACAACCUCCUCCCGGCUUCCCCUUCCCUUCACCUGCUCACCAGCGCAAUGUGUCUCUCCAUCCGCCAGGCUUCUUUGGUCAAAAUGCUCACGAGAACCUGCAACGCGUCGUGCCGGAAAUGUCACACAUGUCGCAGCAGCCUCCGCAUGCUGUUCAUCAUAUACAUCCUCAAGGUCCACAUCCUUCGAUGCAACAGCAGCUGUUCCCUGGUGGCCAUCCUGCGCCAAUUGCACACGGUCCAAUCGCUCCAUCAGCAUCUCAGUUACCGGCUCCGAGACUUAAUAACCAUGCUAUGAAUUUGCUGAGUGCUUUCAAGGCACCUUCGCAAUCGCCCAUCAGUCACAACGCCAUGCCGUAUGGCAACGGGUCUAUGUCUUUCCCUAGUCCCAGCCAGAAUCACAUGCAAGCCCACCAGCAGCAGCAGCAAGGCACAGGAGACGCACAGCACGCUCGUAGACGAUCUGAACACCAGAAUUCUUUGUUGGGUCUUUUCAAGUCUCCCAAUACUCCUAGAGCUGCUCCGGUUUCUCAACCUCCUCAAAUGACCCUUCCAUUCCAUACUGCCCAGAAUCCUGCCUCGACGACGCCUACAACAUCGGCGGCUACUGCAACGGCACCAACUCCUCAACAAAGAAACGCAAGUCUGGCCAUGUUGACAAGAACAUUACCAAAGGCUAAACCGACCCCACCUCCUGCACAGACCAAGACAGACAUGUUCCCAGCGAAGCAAGUUGUACAAGAAGUCCAAGCAGCACAGGACAGAGCUGCGCCAGAGGCUUCGAGUAAAAACUUUGCUCCUGAUGCUCCACGUGCUCCAAUGUCGAUACUACCAAGACCUGGCUCGGCAGCCAAUAGAGGUUCACCUGCGCCUCCAUCUUCGGAGUCGAUUCAAACUCCGCACAAACUGCGACAAGGUAACAAGAAUGAAUCGCCGGGCAAUUUCACCAUUCUACAAAGGCCUUCGCCCCGAGCUGAUCAAAACGGAUCACCCGAGAUGCCUCAGGUGAGGCAACCGCCGCCUCCUAAGCAGCCCACGCCAAAGCAAGCAGCACUGAAGCAGUCUGUACCAAGAAAAGCACAAGAGGCACCAAAACAGUUCCAACCACAGAUUCUGCAAAGACCAAAGGCGGAGAUGUCAGGAUCAAGUCCGGGCGCGGAGCAGCCCAUGCAAAAUAGUGGAGAGCAACGUAAUGCGCUCCUCGCCUUGUUUGCAAAGCAGAAUCCUGGGCUUUCUCAGGCUGAGAGUAGAUCUGGAUCAGCCAUGUCAAACAACUCAGGGGCGCCUCUACCAUCAGAUUCCUCACUUUUCAGGUCACGGCUGGCUAGCGCUUCUUCGGUGGUGAGCAACGGNGGAGAGAAUGAUGGACUUAAGUCGCCAUCUACACCAGUGGAAGCUAAAGGAUUUCUCCUUGACUAUCUUAAUGGCGUAGUGAAGAGCGAGAAGAACAAGGGUCCCAAGAGAGGCCCUGUUUGA